AUGGACUCACCAGAUUUCAUGGAAGAAGAUGUGGGGACAAGCAGUAGAAAUGAGAAGGCUCCUGAGAGGUUUGAGCGGUUUGAUAUUGAUGAUCUAUUUGACGACGACGACGAUGAUGAUGAUGAUAAUGGAGGGGAGAACAUGCAGAAGUUAAAGGAGAUAGGGGAAGUGAACUUGACGAACUUCUGUAGGAAGGCAGCAACCCAGUUUUUCAAUGAGUACGGUCUCAUCAGUCACCAAAUCAACUCGUACAAUGACUUCGUCAGCAAUGGUCUGCAACGGGUUUUUGAUUCCUUUGGUGAGAUUCUGAUUGAGCCGGGAUAUGACCCUUCCAAGAGGGGAGAUGGUGAGUGGAGGCAUGCUUCGGUGAAGUUCGGAAAGGUUACCGUUGAAAAGCCGACCUUUUGGGCUGAAUCGGAUUCAGAGAAGACGGAGCGCAAGCUCCUCCCUAGAGAUGCACGCCUACAGAACAUGACCUAUGCUGCAAGGAUCAAAGUGGAAGUCACUUUCCAGGUGUACACGCCAAAGCUUAUUGGAAGUGACAAGUUCAAGACGGGGAAGGACAAAAUCCUUGAGAAAGUGAUACAAAACAAUGAGACUGAAGAGAUUGUAAUAGGGAGUCUUCCUGUGAUGGUGAAGUCUGAUCUGUGCUGGAUGAAGACAGACGAAAAACUUGAUUGUGAUUUCGAUCAGGGAGGCUACUUUGUGAUAAAGGGUGCUGAGAAAGUUUUCAUUGCUCAAGAGCAAAUAUGCAUGAAGAGGCUUUGGCUUGUGAGUAGUCCCACAUGGACCGUAGCAUACAAAUCAGAGGUUAAGAGGCACAGGCUGAUUGUUAGAAUAGCUGGUCUCAGUAGAGGUGAGGAAAUCAAAGGAGAAAAGAAAGUUCUUAUGGUGUAUUUCUUGUCAACUGAAGUGCCCUUGUGGGUCUUGUUCUUUGCCCUCGGUGUCAGAUCUGACAAAGAAGUUGUGGAUCUGAUAGAUUAUGACAACAAUGACCCAAACGUUGUCAAUAUACUCUUUGCCUCAAUUCAGGAAGCCGAGAAAUUUGAGGGGUUCCGCAGGGGGAGAAAAGCACUGGAAUAUGUUGAUGAAAGUAUACACAAGACCCAAUUCCCACCUACUGAGCGCAUGGAGGAAUGUAUCAGCAUGUAUCUUUUUCCAAAUCUGCAACAUCCUACCCAAAAGGCUCAAUUUCUAGGGUAUAUGGUGAAGUGCCUAUUACUGGCCUCUACUGGUCAGAGGAAAUCGGAUAAUAGGGAUAGUUUCAGAAACAAAAGGAUUGAGUUGGCAGGGGAGUUGCUUGAGAGAGAGUUGAAAGCUCACAUAUCAAAUGCUCAGAAACGUAUGAAGAAGACCCUGCAGAAGUCCCUUGAUGAUGGUCGACCUAUCCAACCAGUUGCUUUUUACCUGGAUCCUUCUGUUAUAACCAAUGGUUUGUCAAGAGCAUUCUCCACUGGAGCAUGGUGCCAUCCUUGGAAGAAAAUGGAGAGAGUUUCAGGUGUUGUGGCGAACCUUGGCCGCACAAAUCCAUUGCAAACGAUGAUUGAUUUGCGAAGGACUCGCCAGCAGGUCUUGUACACUGGGAAAGUUGGAGAUGCUAGAUACCCGCACCCUUCUCACUGGGGUAGAGUUUGCUUUCUCUCCACUCCUGAUGGUGAAAACUGUGGUCUUGUAAAGAAUCUAUCCAUCACAGGUGUUGUCAGCACAACCAUAACAACUCCUUUAAUUGACAAGUUAACUAACUUUGGGAUGGAUAGACUUGCUGAAGGUACUUAUACUAGACUGGAUGGAAAUGAAAAAGUGUUUCUGAAUGGGGAAUGGGUAGGAGUUAGUGGAACUCCUCAUUUGCUAGUGAGAAAGUUAAGGCGCAUGCGUCGGAAAGGAAGGCUGCCACAUCAGGUGGAAAUUAAAAGGGAUGAGCAGCAGAAAGAAGUGCGUAUCUUUUCCGAUGCUGGAAGGAUUCUGCGUCCUCUAAUUGUUGUUGAGAACUUAGCAAAGAUAAGAUCAUCGAAAGGGGAGACGUACACGUUCCAAUCCCUUUUGGACGAUGGCGUCAUUGAGUUCAUUGGGACUGAAGAGGAAGAGGAUUGCUCUACAGCUUGGAGCAUAAAAAAUCUCUUAAGGUCCUGUGAUGGGAAGCAUGCUGCGAAGUACACACACUGUGAACUCGACAUGUCAUUCCUGUUGGGUUUGAGUUGUGGAAUCGUCCCUUUUGCAAAUCACGACCAUGCAAGGCGAGUACUGUAUCAGUCGCAAAAGCAUUGCCAACAAGCUAUUGGUUUCUCGACUACAAACCCCAACAUCAGAGUUGAUACACUUUCUCAUAAGCUGUUUUACCCUCAAAGGCCUCUUUUCAGAACCACCACUUCUGACUGUCUAGGGAAACCAUGGUAUCCACUUGGCCACAAUGGAAUUCUUCCCAGGCCUGAGUUUUUCAAUGGCCAGAACUGUAUAGUGGCAGUAAAUGUUCAUCUGGGGUACAAUCAAGAGGAUUCCUUGGUGAUGAACCAGGCUUCUCUACAGCGUGGGAUGUUCCGAACCGAGCACAUCAGGAGUUACAAGGCUGAGGUUGAUAACAAGGAGGAAAAAAGAAGAAAGUCUGAUGACCCUGUUCAUUUUGGGAAGAUACAGAGCAAGAUUGGUCGAGUUGAUAGUCUCGAUGAUGAUGGUUUCCCCUCAAUUGGAGCAGAUCUACAGAGUGGGGAUAUUGUUGUGGGGAAAUGCGGUGAGUCUGGAGCUGAUUACAGUAUCAAAUUGAAGCACACUGAAAGAGGCAAGGUCCAGAAGGUGGUUUUGUCUGCUAAUGACGAGGGAAAGAACUUUGCUGUGGUAUCAUUGAGACAGGUCCGGUCUCCAACACUAGGAGACAAGUUUUCAAGCAUGCACGGGCAGAAGGGUGUUCUAGGCUUCAUAGAGUCUCAGGAGAACUUCCCCUUCACAAUACAAGGAAUAGUGCCUGAUAUGGUCAUAAAUCCACAUGCAUUUCCUUCACGUCAAACUCCUGGCCAACUCUUGGAGGCUGCUCUGGCGAAAGGGAUUGCUUCCGGUGGUACGAUGAGAUAUGCAACUCCUUUCUCCACUGUCUCGGUUGAGUCCAUCACAGACCAGCUACACAGGGCUGGAUUUUCUAGAUGGGGAAACGAGAGGCUAUACAACGGUCGAACCGGAGAAAUGGUCGAUUCACUGGUGUUCAUGGGCCCGACCUUCUACCAGCGGCUGAUCCACAUGGCCGAGGACAAGGUCAAGUUCCGAAACACGGGGCCUGUUCACCCUCUCACCAGGCAGCCGGUUGCAGAUCGCAAACGCUUUGGUGGGAUCAAGUUCGGCGAGAUGGAGCGUGACUGCCUGAUAGCCCACGGUGCAUCAGCAAACCUCUACGAGCGGCUCUACACGCUCAGCGAUUCCUCCCAGCUGCACAUCUGCCAGAACUGCAAGAACAUCGCCAAUGUGAUUCAGCGAUCUGUCCCCGGUGGGCGCAAGGUCAGGGGCCCUUACUGCCGUGUCUGUGAAUCCGUCGACGACAUUGUCAAGGUGAAUAUCCCCUAUGGAGCUAAGCUGUUGUCCCAGGAGCUCUUCAGCAUGGGGAUCAGUCUCAAGUUUGACACCAGACUUUGCUGA